AUGCAUGCUCUCUUUCCCAAAGAUACUAAUUACAAAGAUAGUCCUUUCUUAAAAGUGGGUGAAGAUAGCUGUUUACAGUUUAGUAAUGGUGAUAGUUUAGAUAAGUCUCAUGAUAUUUAUUAUAGAGGAACUGAUAAUAGUAUUUUUGCAAAAAAUUAUGUUAUCGAUAGUGGAAGUGCAAUUUAUAAUAAAAAAUAUGAUAUUGAUUUUUCUGUCUAUGAUGAAAUAUUAAGUAAAGAUGGAAAUACUAAAGAAAAAAUUCGGGAGGAGAAAAUAAGCGUUUAUGAGAAAAAACUUAGUGCUGAAACUUCAACAGCUUUUCGUCGUUUUGUCGUUAGAGAGACUUAUAAAGAACAUGUUGAAGAAUUUAUCAAAAAUUUAGUAGAUGUCCAUGGAAAAAAAGUAUUUACGGAGAAAGAAGUAAUAAAACUUAAAUCAGAAAAUGAAGCAAGAGGUUUGACUUUUGAUGAGUUAAAAACUAGAGCUAUUGGUUUUAGUGAUAGUCAGAUUAAAGAAACUCUUAGAACAGCAGGUUCUAAAUUAGGUGAAAAACUUGUUGAACGAAACAUUAUUGACAGUAAGGAAGAAGAAGCUAGACAAGAACUUAAAAUUGCCCAAGAUUUAGAAAAAACAGCUAAAGAAGGAAAAAUGAAAGGUUUGAAAGAAACUUUCAAUGCCAUCAAUGCUAAAACUAAAAAGAAUUUAUAUCCGAAUGACCUUGCUUUUGAUACGACUACUUUCCGACAAACAAUGGAUAAUGAAGAAAAGACAUUGUUAGUAAAAACUUCUUUGGAUUCUGCAAAAGUUAAAGGAGUUCUGAGUCCAGAGGCAGAAAAUGAAUUAAAAGAGAUUGAUAAUUAUCUAAAAGGGACUCCAAUUCCAACUGAUAAAUUAAUUCUUCCUAGUAAUCUUAAAGCUGCUCUACAAACAGGAAUUAACAUUUUCAGGGAUGCUGGAGAAAUUAAAAAGAUUGCGGAUAAGGUUAAUGCUAGUGAUGCUAAAAUUAAGAAGUUCAACUUGGUUAAAUACUUAAAAGAAAAUGUGUCUAAGAAACCAGUGAUUGGAACUAUUGCUUCUCAAGAAUUAGUAGCUGAUAGUGCUCUAAAAGAAACCAUAAUUAAGGAAAUGAAAGAUGCAAAAGAUGGCGAUAAAGUAUUAGAUAGUUCUCGGUAUAAUAAAAAUGAUCGAGGAGAGUUUUCUGAUGAGGCUAUUGCUAAAUUUUAUUAUGAAAAAUUAGGAGAUAAUCCGAGUGCGAUAAUCGCCGGAGAUGGUCCAGCGGAUGCCGAAGGUAAUGGAGACAAUGAUGAGGAAAAUGAAUAG